CCUAAGUGUGACAUUUGUUGAGAUAUCAGGAGUUCAAUACAGAUAUGGAAUCAAAAAGAGCUGACUUCCCGCCCAAAGCCUCAAUUCCAGGGAGAUACAGCACGAAGCCGUGGGUGCGGCGAAGGAUGUCUUUAUGUUGCUGGCCUUGUCACCCCUCUUACACAUCCCGUCCCAUCUCCCCACGCCUGGCCAAAGGACCCUUACCGAGGAUCAGAAAACUACUGCACUUCUCCAUUGUCGUACACAACUGCGGACAUGUUUGCGGGGAAACCCUCCCGCCAUGGAAAUCUAUGGUUGUCAAGCCAUCUUGCAUGCUCACUGCACGUCAUGUACGAGACGUAACUUUCAGAAUAACAGAGUAACGGAUUCUGUUUGACUCUGCUUCAGUACAUCAACACCAAGCCACUCAGUGUCUCUCACGAGGACAAGAUGUCGGCACAAGAUGCCCCCAUAUACCCGGACCUGAAAGGCAAAGUCGCUUUGAUAACCGGUAUUGGCCAAGAUGGCGCAGCAGAUUCGUCAAACUGGGGCAAUGGAGCCGCCAUCUCCCUAGCUCUAGCAAGGAAUGGCGUCAAGAUAUUCGGCUGCGACAUCAGACUUGACGCCGGCCAGCGCACCAAGUCGCGGAUCGAAGCUGAACUCCCCGAUGCCACCAUCGACGUUGUCCAAGCCGACGUGACUUCCUCGUCCUCCGUCGAGGGUUUCGUCCAAGAAUGCAUGCGGAAACACAACCGCAUCGAUAUCUUGAUCAACAACGUUGGGCGCAGCGAAAAGGGCGGACCAGCAGACAUGUCCGAAGCAGUCUGGGACUCCCAGGUCGACAUCAACCUGAAAAGCGUAUAUCUGACAUGCCAUUCGGUUUUGCCGAUUAUGGAGGCUCAGCGGGCGGGCGCGGUCGUCAGUAUCAGCAGCGUUGCCUCACUCCGGUACAUUGGCAAACCGCAGGUCGCAUAUGCUGCCACGAAAGCUGCUCUCACACAAUUCACCAAGCACACAGCCGUCAUCUAUGCAGACAAGGGGGUGAGGCUAAAUGCUGUGCUGCCGGGGCUAAUGUUCACGCCACUUGUCCAGGUCCUCGCUGAGAAGUACGCGGGCGGUGACUAUGAGGGAUUCGUGAAGACGAGGCAUGCCCAGGUUCCGACCGGGCAGAUGGGGACAUCGGAGGAUGUGGCGCACGCAGUCGUCUUUCUCUCGAGUAAUGUUGCAGCACGAUACAUCACGGGAACUGAGUUGGUGGUCGAUGGGGCUAUCGUGCAGAGUACCGGGAGGACUUGAGGAGUCCGUUGUCAAGCAUAUAAUGCACGACAUGCAAUGACCUUAGACCCUCAAUCCGUACUACAGCCAUGUUCUUACCACUGCUGCAACCAGAAGAGUGCUAUGUCCAUGCACUGAAUGUUCUUGCUCAGAGCCAUUGGCUACUUUCCCUAUGAUAAUCCUCGUAGGCCAUCAGUAUCGUGACAGUCCCAUCACCACGUUGAAAAUGGAAAUCUACCAGUACCGGCCAUCAAAAUCGUC